CAAACCGGCGAUUUCAUAAGCUCGUUCUUAUCUUUUCAUUUUGGCGGGAACAGUUAUGUCACGUCCCUCUGCCAUCAGCCACGUGUCUCAUCCCGAACGGCCAACUUCGGUAACCGUCGUAACGCACGUCAUUUCAAAUCACGUCUCAUUAAUUGUGGGACACGUGGCACCCCCCGGUUAGCCAACCUCUGCAACUACUAUAGUUACCACGCCUAUAUAAGGCCAUGCACCCCUUCAUUUCACCAUUUUACUUCUUCACUUUCUUACUUCUUCUCUUCUGAUCACUUUCAUCUCAUAUUUUUUGCUGGUUUCAACCGUUCUCAUCCCCCAACUUGUUGCUUAUAUUGAUUGUAAGAAAACCAACUUUGUCAACCUUUCAUCUGCUGUUUUUCGAUUGAAAGUGCUGCUUUGUUUCUUCUCUCACUUUGCCAUUUUGAAUUUUUCUUUCAACUGCUUCUUCACUCUUUCUUAUUUUUUAACUUGUUCCUUCUCCCUUAUCGAAUUCACUAAAUCUCCUUUUCCAUUAUCGAAUUCACCAAUCCCCUUUUCCAAAUCUUCCGAAUGUCUGCCAACACCGAAACCACCUCCCAGGAUGUUCCCUCGGUUUCUUCUCAAGGAGCCGAGCCAACUUCACAACCCAAGGGAAAAACCGUCGUUGAGCCCACUGCUUUGGACAUAGUACCGUCCAAACCCAACUACAACAAAGAAUUUGAAGUCGAGAAGCCUUCUCCGGUUGCGGAUAGAGGGUUCGAUGUAAGGCGAUAUCCUUCGUCCAUUACCGAGGAUAAACUUGACCAGGUCCGGGCUGAUUGCGGAUGGGAUAACCGUCCGGUGCAAGUGUUCGCCCCCGGUCCUGACGAGUCCAUCACCGAUCAUAGGGAAGGCUUCUUGUAUGUUUACACCUAUCCCUUCACACUCAAGCUCAACCCCCCAAUUGACCCGGUUAUUUUGGAUAUGUGUCGGACAUACAACGUGACCUUGGCCCAAAUUGGUCCGAUAAUCUGGAGGACCGUGGCCUGCCUCCGGAUGUUGGCCAACAACAUAAAUAGGGAAUUUACGAUGACACACUUCAUCCGUUUGUAUUCCCCGAGGUUGUUCCGAGGGGGUGUGAUAAAGCUCGCCAAGCGAGGCCGAAACCCGAUCUUUUCGAAGAUGGACGAAGACAGAGACCGAGGUUGGUUAGAACGCUACGUCCGAGUGAGGACCGCGGACAUUAUUCCGGCCGACUAUAUGCCCUUCCCGGAGAGGUGGAACGAUAAUCGUAAGUUUCUCAGUUCUUCCUUUAACUAUCCUUUGAUGCUUUGUCAAACACUUGCUCCCUUGAAUUAAUACGAUUUCUUCUCCGCUUUCUUUAUAUCAGCCGUAGCAUGGAUACCUCCGGCCAUCCGGAACAUGAAUGAAUGGGUUGGGGCACUCCUCAGCCAACACACCCAUGAAGCACGGACGUGGGGGAACCUGUCACGUGGCCGAUGGGUUGCUCAAAACCACGGUAAUACUCUGCUUGAGCUAGAAUAUAUCGUCUCUUCUAACCCUUUUUUUUUUUUUAAUAACCUCUUCGGUAUUCAGGUUUACCCAGGGGCUCGGUGGAGCCAAGACCGGAGCCAGUAGCCGAACCAGCUGUGCCAGUACCUGAAUUUGAUUCAGCGGGGACAUCCCGUAUUAUUGCUGCUGCCAAUAAAAGGCGGAGAAAGCCCUCGGACAAAGGGCAGAAAUCGAAGAAGAGGGCAAGAAGCGUCGUUCGGACUCUAAGGGACGAAACAGAGCCCGAUUUCCUUGUUCGGAGGGUCGGUGUGACACCCUCCGUCGCUUCAGUUCCGGAGGAGGAAACCACCACUCCGUCAUUUCCUUCAGCCGGGGAAGGACCGUCAGCUCCGGCUUUGCACACAGGUGGGGAAGAAGUUCUUUACCCGACUCCUCUAAGGUCAAUUGAAUAUGUUGACAUUUCAGGUGAUGCUUCAUCUGAGGAGACCCCCUUGCAAAGGACUAGAAGAUCCGGAUUCGCAUCGACUGCUGAGGCCGAACAAAGAGCUGAGCCGGUCCAUGAGACCGAGGCUCCAAUGGAUGCCGGUCCACUGCCCGGUGAUGACCCAGCUGCAACAUCCGAGGUACCUGCCUCUACCGAGCCCGCUGGGGCCGCUCCAACUUCUCCUGCACCGAGGUUAGAUAACCUCGAUGACAUGUUCUCGAAUACCCCACCUGCAAUCGGAGAAGCAGUCGGCUUCGGACAUCUCCCUAUCCCACGAGUCACGAGGGCAGCUAACCGGUCCACCGAGACUGGUUCAAGGGAAAGCCUUGUACGCAUCUUUCCGGCCCCGAGCGUGGAACCGAGGAGGACAAGGUCGGCCACGAUUACUGUCCCCGAGGAUUGUAGUUUCUUGUCUCGUCCCGUGGGAAUUGCAAGCUAUCUGAGGCCCCUCAUCUCGGACUCGGACAAGCGGAAGAUGACCGGAGUCCCCUGGCAGAGUCUUAUUAACGAGGGCAUGCACGCAGGCAACCGAAGUGUGGUGCUCGUCAACGAGGCCUUCAUCCGUGCUCAGCAAGAGGUUGACGACCUUAAGGGCCAGCUGGAUGCCCAGGGUCGGGAAACGGAGAAAUUCCAGCACCUUUUGCAAGUGAAGGAGGAUCAAUUGAACCGAGCAGCUGCCCUUUCCAACCUUCAACCCGAGCUCGAAGCAGCGAAGGCCAAAAAUCUUCGGUUGAAGGAUGAGUUGGCCGGAAUGGUUGAAAAGAACCGGCUCCUGGAAGCAGACAAGGUCGGCCUUAGCCAAGAUAACGCUCGUUUUUCUUCGAGGCUCGGUGAACUCGAAGCCACUAUCUCUCAACUUCGGAGGGAGCUUGACUCGGUCAAGACUGAUGCCGUGAACAUGGUCGAGAGGCAUAAGCUGCUUGAAUCCGAGAAUGCGGAGUAUAAGAACAAGUUGAGGGUAUUCGAGCGGAAAGCCGAGGAUAGGGCCCGGAUAUGCGACGAGCUCAAAACCAAAUUCGAGGAGACGGCCGAGGCCAAUGACAUUCUCAAGGCCGAGCUCGAGUCGGCUACUCAAGUCCAAAGAAUCCUCGAUGAAGAGAGAGAUGAAUUAGUGGCCAAACUGGCCCAGGCUGAGGCCGAUUUGGCAGAAGCCCUUAAGAAUGUGGAGGCUGCCGAGGCUCAUACCACGAUUGCGGUGGAGUAUGAACGGUGGAAGUCCCGGAGGGCCACCCUUGAGCAAGCCGAACAAGGUUUUGGGGACCUCCCGGCCCUGAUACUUGAAGCCAAAAAGACCGAGGAAGAAGCCAAGAGAGCCCUCGAUACCGAUUCCGAGGAUUCCGAGCGGACAGUAUCCGAGCAUUCCGGUUCCAGCUGCACCGGAUAGAUCAGGGCCUGCACUUAGCCUUUAUUUUGCCUUUGCCUUUUUGGCUUGUUUUUUGUUUUUUAACUUCGUAGGAAUUUCAGGUGUAAAAAACCUUACAUAUAUGGAAUGUGCAUUUUUCUUGCCGAUUCUCUUUAUUCUUUAAUCUGAAUGUUUAUUAUGACUUUUGCCCGAAUCAUCAAUCCUGUUAAGUAGCAAACAAAGGCUCGGAGUCAUUUUUUCGGAUUAUGCCUCGAUAUUGGCUUUCCUCUUCGUCCGGUAUAUUUUGUCCGGGGAUUUGAUCGAGUGGUUUGCCCGUGGGACUUAUUUAUGCUCUGUGAAUUCAGACGUCUCCGAAUCACAUUAGGCAUUUUAGGGCCGAUAUUUUUCGACAGUUCACUUAUCGUGGAUUAGGUUCGGACACCUGAAUCCCAGCCUUAGCAAAUUUUGAUAUAGCAGUCCCCAUUCGGGGGUGUUUAAAGAUUUUGGCUUGGUUCAGUGCGACCUUGUUGCCUUUGUCGAAUUUCGACUAUAGUCCCCGGUGUACGGUAUUUGGAUAAAAUGAUGCCGAAUUUCGGCGGUAAUCACCGAGGGUAGGGUGUUUAACAAGAAGACAUAUCCGAAAUGCAAUAAUCUGAAUUUUCAAUAAUCUUUAUAUUGCAAAUAUUUGCACGUACAUGAUAUGAAGACUUUGUCCGUUUCCUUCUGUUUUUGCCGUAGCAAAUACUAAAUGGACACGAUUCGUUCUGAUCGUUUGGUCCUUACAUCAAAACCUAAUACAGAAGGUCCGGUUCUGGACGAGGACUUCCCCGGGGUAAUGCCCAACGGCGUUCUCCUGCUUUGUUGAGCUGCUUCAUUUUUUAUUCACCGGGGUAAGCCUCGAUGUGGGUAUAGUAGUCCCCUAGUGUUUAUCCGAGCUGCAUGGUCGGGUAAGCACUAUCAAGUCCCCACUCGUAGGGUAUACCCCCGAGUUUCUAGACACUUGUCCUCGUUUCUAUCAAGUAACACGUUGUACUUGUUGCCUCAUUAAAAACCUUAUCGGAAAACCCAUUUUGGGACAAAACCGUACUAAGGAAAAGAGUGCAACACGUGUUUUCAGACCUAACACCUAACUUCAUCCGGUACUCGACUUCCUGCAAAAAGAAAGGUUAACAAAAAACAAACACGAGGGUAGGCGUCCGUACCUUAGCAGUAGUAUUUCUUCAAAUGAGCCACAUUCCAGUUGUUAUGCAACCGUUGUCCGUCCAUGGCCUCCAGCUGAUACGACCCUUUACCCGUUAUUCCUGUUAUCUUAUACGGCCCUUCCCAGUUUGGCCCCAACUUUCCGUCGUUGGGAUUUUUGGUGUUCAAAGUAACUUUCCGAAGCACCAAGUCCCCAACUUGGAAAUGUCAAAAAUUGGCCCUCCGGUUGUAGUACCUUUCCAUUCUCUGCUUCUGGGCUGCAAUUCGGACUAACGCGUUUUCGCGAAGUUCAUCCGUGAGGUCGAGUUUUAUGGCCAUGGCCUCCUCG